GAAAAAUGGCGUUUGGCGCUUAAUGCUAGCAGCUUCUCCAGUGCUUACCAAUAGCCAGAGCGAUUUAAUAACGACCCGUCAAUUUAAACCGAAAAGUGUUGUUUAACGAAUUCGAUACAACAUGUCUUCCCCAAGAGCACCCGGACGUCAGGGACCUCGGACUCCGUCGUCCGCGCGCUCUCCCGCAAACUCACGUCAGCGCACGACUCCGGCCCGAGGGACUCCAUCAAGGCGCAGACUGGAACCUCAAGCGGGUCCAUCCGAUGCGCCAUCAUCAGAACUCGCGAAUCCGCUGUCCCCGAACGUGAUUCCACCGUCCUCGCCCUUUGUGAGGAAUGGAGUCUUCACUGAAUUGGACCUCAGUUCACCUCUGAAUUACGGCACGCCGAGCUCGGCGCUGACUCCAUCAAGCAGAGGACCGAUUCGACCCCGGAGCGAUAUUCACAAUGAUCGCUUCCUCCGUCAAGUCAGCGUCAACGCUCCCAGUUCUGAUCAUGCGGAUCAGAUGGAGGUUGACCAGUCUUCUGAUGUUCCGCAGAUGGUCGUCUGGGGGACGGAUGUUGUCGUUCCAGUUUGUAAAGCCAAGUUCCGCAACUUUUUGAAAACGUACAUCGACGAAAAUCUCGAACGUGAUGAACUUUUCGAAGGUAUUGACCCAUCCAAGCCUUACUACCUUCAGAAAAUGGCUGAGCUCAACACUCUCGAGGAACAAUUUCUACACGUCAACAUUAAGCACAUCCGGAGCGCGGAACCCGACUUGGCCCGACAGCUUGUCCACUAUCCCCAGGAAGUCCUCCCGACGAUGGACAUGGCUCUCACGGAACUUUUCACCGAAAUAUACCCGGACCACAACCUGCCAGUCGUGCAGGUUCGACCCUACAACGCUGAAAUCACAAAAAGCAUGCGUUGUCUUAAUCCAGAAGACAUCGAUCAGCUGGUCACGAUUGCCGGCAUGAUCAUCCGCGCGUCGAACAUCAUUCCCGAGAUGCGCGGUGCUUUCUUCAAAUGCACGGUCUGUUCCUUCACCGAGAGCGUCGACAUCGUUCGAGGGGUUAUCCAGGAACCGAUCACCUGCCGUCACUGUUCGACCAAGUUCAGCUUCGCUCUGGUGCACAACCGCUGCACAUUCAUCGACAAACAGAUGAUCAAACUACAGGAGGAUCCCGCAGACAUGCCCGCGGGUCAAACCCCUCAUACAGUGUGCCUGUACGCCCACACCGACUUGGUGGACGCCGUACAGCCUGGAGACCGUGUCACCGUCACUGGCGUUUAUCGAGCCGUGCCCGUCCGCCCCAACCCGAAGCAGAGAUCGGUGAGGUCGGUCUAUAGGACUCAUAUCGACGUGGUGCAUUUCCGUCGAUUGGACAACAAACGACUUCACGAUGAAUCCCAGGAGGGCAGCAUAAAUCUCUCCGAGGAAAGAGUUGCUGCGCUCAGGGACCUGGCCUCGAAACCGGACGUCUACGAUCGCUUGGCUCGCGCCAUCGCUCCCGGAAUCUACGAGAACGAAGACAUCAAGAAAGGUCUCCUACUGCAGCUGUUCGGAGGCACGAAAAAGAGUUUCUCGGGCGAUGGGAAGGCGAGCUUCAGAGCAGAGCUCAACAUCCUUCUCUGUGGCGAUCCCGGUACUUCUAAAUCUCAGCUGUUGCAGUAUGUUCACCAUCUGGUACCCAGAGGUCAGUACACGUCCGGGAAAGGGUCGAGCGCGGUCGGUCUGACAGCGUACGUGACCAAGGAUCCUGAAACGAGACAGAUGGUGCUCCAGACCGGUGCCCUGGUACUUUCCGACAACGGCAUUUGCUGCAUCGACGAGUUCGACAAAAUGAGCGACACGACUCGCUCGAUCCUCCAUGAAGUCAUGGAACAACAGACCUUAUCGAUCGCCAAGGCCGGAAUCAUUUGUCAACUGAAUGCUCGUACCUCUAUUUUGGCGGCGGCGAACCCGGUCGAUUCCCAGUGGGCGAAGAACAAGACCAUCAUAGAGAAUAUCCAGCUUCCUCCGACCCUCUUGUCGAGAUUCGACUUGAUCUUUUUGAUGCUCGAUCCCCAGGACACAAACUUCGACCGACGUCUGGCUCGACACUUGGUGUCGCUCUACCACAAGACGCCCGAACAAAGCCAAGAGCAACAGUUGGACAUGGAGUCUCUGAAGGAAUACAUUGCCUUCGCAAAGGCAACUUGCCAUCCGAAGAUCGGCGAGGAUGCGGGUCAGAUGCUCAUCGACGCAUACGUGGAUAUGAGACGUAUCGGCAACCGGAAAGGACAGGUCUCUGCCUACCCUAGACAGCUGGAGAGUCUCAUCAGAUUGUCGGAGGCUCACGCGAAAACUCGACUCAGCGAUAAGGUCGAGGCUGAAGACGUCGAAGAAGCCAAACGGCUCCAUCGAGAGGCGUUGAAACAGUCCGCUGUCGAUCCCUCGACUGGUAAAAUCGACGUCGGAAUCAUUUCCACAGGUCUGUCGAAUGCCGGACGCCAGCGGAAGAUCGAGAUCGCCGCGGCUCUGAAGAAGCUCCUUGAGUCGAAAUCGGCGCAGAACCAUCAGUUCAAUAGAAUUCUCCAGGAAUUCAAGGAAAAUUCCCAAUAUCAGAUCACGCGAGAACUAUUCGAAGACGUUCUGAAAGAACUCCAAGAUCAGGGAUUCUUGAUGAUGCAAGGCAAAACCAAUAUUCGUAUCUGUUAAGCCUGAAUAGAUACGGGGAACGACCGCCUUGUGUGUAUAUACUUCAAUUAUCUUUCGUUUCAUUGGCUAGAUCUCGCUUAUUACUCCGGUCUCUCGGACUGGUUUUUAUCAGAACAAUAAAUUACGACAUGUUCGAGGAACGGAUUAAA